GGAGUAUUAAGAUGGCGCCUGUUACGGAAACGAAUGGUUACUAUUUUCGUGUUAACAAAAUGUAUCACCCGAGUGGAGGUCUUAAUUAAUAGUGCGAUCCUGUGCUAAAAUGCGAUGUUUGAAGUUUCUCUGGUUACAUAGUUGUGUUUCUCUUUUUUUUAUUUAAAGGGACAGUAUAGUCACCAGAACAGCUACAGCUUAAUGUAUUUGUUCUGGUGAUUAUAGUCAGUUCCUUCAGGCUUUUUAAUGGAAACACUGCCCUUUCAGGCAAACGGCAGGAUUUACAUUACUGUCUAGGAGCAUCUAGAAUGGCAGUCACUCGGCAGGCUGCUAGAUGUUCAGCGUCUCCACGCUUUACAUGUAGACGCUGACCAUUGCCUUUAGAGAUACAUUGAUUCAGUGCAUCUCUGAGGUGCUGCUGAUUGGCGCAGUGUUUUGUGGUGGUUAAGCAUUAGCCUCCUUUUGCUUUCUUAUGGGAGAUAAAUAAAAGUACAUAUCUUCACAUUUUGCUGAUGUGGAGUUGAACAGAUAUUGCGUAUUACUGGAUGAUAACACUAGAAUCACAUUGUGCUAAUGGUAUAGAAAAUAAUUUGAUACCGAUGUACCCAAUUUAAACUGGUUAGUAUACAGCGCUGUGCUCCCACUAUUCGUUUAUUUUGCUGCCCAGUGAAAGUUAAAAAUUUAAAUGUGAUUGGCCAUUUUAAAGACCGUCUUUUUAAAUACACAAUGGAUUUACCCACAUUUUGUAAACUAGGUCUUGCAUUUAUAUAAAGCCCCUGAAAGUCCCUCUUGCAUGAAAUCCCUGGUCUCUCAGACUCUUCUUCCGUGAAUUAUAUGUGAUUCUCCGUCAUUCCAGGCUUGUCAUACACAGUCUACCUAUUCCUAAGUAAGUAACCUGUCAUCGUAACCAGACUGGAUACCCCAAUCUCAUACAACCCAGCUUCCCCUAGACUAUAUCUUUCCAUUUAUUUUCUCUGUAAUGUAAGGUUUUCUAUAUUAUUAUUAUUAUUAUGUUAUUAUUUAUGUAGCGCCAUCAAAUUCUGCAGCGCUUUACAAUGGGUGGACGAACAGUCAUGUAGUUGUAACCAGACAAGUUGGACACACAGGAACAGAGGGAUUGAGGGCCCUGCUCAAUGAGCUUACAUGCUAGAGGGAGUGGGGUAAAGUGACACAAAAGGUAAGGAUAGUAUUAGACUAGUGAUAGUUGCAAGAAAGGAAUCGGUCAUGAGCUAUUAACAGUUUAAUUCAUACGCUUUUAUGAAGAAGUGGGUUUUUAAUGAUUUUUUUUUUUUGAAGGAGUGGAGACUGGGUGAGCAUCUAAUGGAGGAGGGAAGCAAGUUCCACAGGGGUGCAGCCCUCAAAGUUUUGAAGGCAAGCAUCAGAGGUGGGAGUACGGACAAAUGCAGGGUAGGCAACUUUUUUGCAGCACUUUGCCUAAACAAGACUCUGAAGUCCCUUGGUGUGCCAGUCCUAUUUUGUAUUUGUAAAUAAAUAAAUUAGAAAAAUCUAUCCCUACCUUUAGUAUGUGACAGCUGAGGCGGACGGGCAGCUGCCUGAGUGAGGAGGCGGCAAAGGAGCUGUUCGCUCCCUCAUAUGCCUUCGAUUUAUACAAGGAGACGGUAUAUGACUUCACUCCGGCCACAGCAUCACUAAACGGUUCACAAAAGGAGUAGAGUAGGAAGAUCACUGGACCCAAGGAAAGCCGAUCCACUCCAGGAAGGGAGGCUGGGUGGAUUUAAAUUGAGAUAAAACAAAUCAUCCAAGGUGUAUGUGAAAAUGCAUGUAUGUUUCUGUCAAUGAGUGUGUGUGUGUGUCUGUGUAGGUGACCUGCCCCCUCCAUUCACAUGGGAAGUGUGUUAUUCCCUUUUUAUUUUAUCAAGCUUUGCUGGUUUCACCACAGUUGACCCCUUAUCCAUGGUUGAGACCAGCCAAUUCAAUGCUUUAUUAUAGGAAAGCAUUGGGAAACUAUUGUGCAUGACCCAGUCAACAUCUCCUAAUAGACUUGUAUUUGAUGUUCAAAAACCUGGCUCCUAGAUUCCAAGCAAAUUUGUCAAGCUCUGGCAUAUGUGAGCAUUAUUAUAAAGUUUUUGGUAUUGGGUGCUAUGUAUGUAUAUGUGUAUGUACAUGUUAUGUGUAUGAAUGUGGGUUGUGUAUAGGGGGCUGAUUUGUGUCUGGGUUAUAUAUUGUAUCUGGUAGUGCAUUUGUAUUUAUGGGGAGGCUGCUUGUGGGGUUUUAUGUAGGUUACCAGUGUUGUUUCUAGGGGCUGGAUGUGAAGCUGUCUGUGUUAACUAUGGUCUGUAUGUAGUAUUGUGUGUAUGUAUAUAGUAAUUUGUGUGUGCCUCCAACACACACUUCCAGACUCACACACAGAAAUACAUUCAAACCACACUGAUGGGAUACUCACAAGGACACUGAUACACAUUGUUAGACAUACACAACCCAACACAUGCUGCCAGACAUACGUAGAUCCCCAAUACACAUAUCCAGAAAAACACAACCCAAUACACACAGCCAGAUACAUAGCCCUAAUGCCCUUUACAAGCACUGGUAAGAACUUGGACUUGAUAUGACUUUCUCCCAGCUCUGUUACAAAUGAAUUGCACCUGCAGCAAUCGGGCACUAGCAGAUAUCUAAAGAAGUUCUACUGGGGUAUUUGACCGUCCAGCUCCGGUGGAAAUUCUUAAUUGUCCCCAGCUUGUUUGGGUCUGGCAGCCUCAUGGGCUGUUCAAAGGUACCUACCAUGCCAUGUUUCUGGUUCUUGUUUCAGUGUGUGGUGGUGGUCCGUGUUUUAUUUUUUUCGUCUCCUUCCUACCUUUCUGCAGGGAAGUGGGGAAGGGGGAGUUUCUAUGUGACAAUGUCCAAGAAAGUUGCCAGUAGGGAGUGUGGCUGGUGUAGACCAUAGUGAUUGCUCUUUCUGGAUUGUGGAUGCAGGGGAACCGGUGGCAGCGGUCCAAAUAAUUUUAUUAAGUAUCAAGAUUGUGAUAGAGCAACUAAGGCACUCUACACCUGCCAGAGGCUCUGACCACACUCUCCAUGCCUGCUGUUUUGCAAGGGCGACACCAUUACUCUUGGUGUUCUCUCCAAAGUCUCUGCUAUCCCAUUUAUCUCCUCAUGUUGUCUCCUGGUUCAAUGACUUGCCCUUUCUCUUCUUGUCCUUUUUCCCUCACAUCUGGACUUUUAUGUUCCCCACUCUUGCAGGCCUGAGCAUGUGAUUAUUUGACCAAGUAGCGUCUAAGCAGGUUGCAGCUGCCUAUCCAAAGGCUUUUUUUGCAGCAACUUCUACACUUGGAGGUCUCGCUAUAGAUGGUUUAAGGAGAGUGGAAACUUAACUUAAAGGAAAACAGCAAAAACAAAUAUAUGUAAUUUGAAAGGGACACACUAGGCACCCAGACCACUUCAGCUCAUUGAAGUGGUCCGGGUGCCGUGUCCCAUCACCUUAAACCCUGAGAAUGUAAUUAUUGCAGUUUUUAAUUGUGACGAGACCAAUCUCGCCACAUUGCAUUGGAGAAGCCUAUUUGCCAGCCUCCUUCCACAUGACUAUGGCCCCUGGGAGAUGGUGAAAACGUAUGCACUUUUAUUGGGUGUGUAUGGCCCUUUAAGACAGUCAGUGGGCAUAUUGUGGCUUAUGGACUCUUUGUGGGACUGGUGCUGGCCCUUUAAACGCCUUUUUGGGACAUCAGGAAGAUUGGGACACUGCCCCUUUAAGACGGUGUCCCCAGACUUGUUUGGGACACUGCCCCUUUAAGACGGUGUCCCCUGUGUCCACAGACCUGGUUAAAACUCUUUGUGCCUGGAUAUUUCCCACUUGGUUCAGUAAAUGGGGCUUACUGAACCAAGUACCACACAGGCAGACCACCCAGAAGUGGAAGUGUGCAGACAAUUUACCUCCCAGGAGCUGCGGUUAACUGCACCUUAAUUGACAAUGCUGGGUGGCCUUUGUUCGUUUGCCGAACACGUGGUGGCGGCCAUCUUUGUUAAUGCGAACGAGGUCAGCGGUAUGUGUAGCCAAAUUCAUGGAACUAAAAUCGGCUACACAUUUCCGCGAACACCGCUGAGCCCUACCUUCUCCCAUACUGAUUUUACAGCUGCAGAGACUGUCGUUUUUUCAGACGUUUUUUUCAGCCUGAUUUCAGCUGCAGAGACUAAGUCCCAAUCGGCGAUGGGACUUAGUCGUUUUUCAGCCUGAAAUAGACCGACCGCACAGCCCAAAUCUAUGGAACUGUUUUGGGCAUGAAAAUGUGCUUGCGGUCAGUCAUAAAGGGACCUCCAGCUAACUUUUUAACCCCUGGAUGGAUUUAGCUGAUUUUUGGUUAUGUUUAUGUUUAAAGUGUGCUGAUUAAUAAUAUGUAAGUUUUAUUAAUAUUGGAUAUAUAGUUUUAAAGUUACAGUGUAUGGAUAAAAACUGUAUUUUUACUGCCUGUGUUGAUUAUGUUAAACCAUUGUGUAACAUAAUUAUAUCACAGGCAGAGGGGAGGAUUUUUGCGUGUAAUUGCUGGGAGUGACUCUCUAAUGUACGUUUAUGAUUGGUUGUUGUGUAAAACCCUGUGGGCGGUACUAAUGUGUAAGAAUGUGUAUAUAAGGAUAAUAAACCCACAGGUCUUUCUGUUCACUGCUUGACCCUCAACAUGGAGCUUUGUCUCGUUCUUGGGGGAUUUAUUGUAUGCUGUUCCAGUUUGACUGCUAGGAGUGUAAACCUAUUCGUAUGGUUUUUCCUAUUCGGCUGUUUACAGCAUUCAUAUGGUUUCCUGUUCAGUGGAUUGGUGUUCUGCAGUAGCUGUGCCUGUAUAUCUGGAAAGGAAGAUCUACUAAACGGCGGUUUAACCCUUUUAUGCCUUGGGGUGCCGUUACAUUAAUAAACUGCAAUAAUUACCUCCUAGGGUUAUCUCCUCUUAGUGGCUGUCUACCAGACAGCCAUUUGAGGGACUUCUGGGUGCUUAGGUGGCUUUUGGACCCAGGUAAGUGACAGGAGUUUGACAGAAGGGGAAGCUAUAGUGCCAGAAAAAUGAGUUUGUUUUACUGGCCCUAGUGUUUCCCUUUAAUAUUAGAGCAUUCCUUAAAAGAGUUAGAUUACCCCCACCCACUCUUUAUCCAAUGCCAAGCAGCUGUUACUCAUUUUCUGAGAUCAUUGAUACAGAUUAUUUUAUAAACAAAUAUUGGGGACCUAAUGGACAUAAGUAACAAUCAGCCAUUUGGAUACUUCUUACAUAGAAGCAUGCACUACAGUGCAAUCAAAGCAUUUGGUGGCAUUGUGCCAAUAGGUAAAUAUGUCUUUAAUGAUAAAGUGCCUUUAUUAGUUGAGGUGUCUUUAUGGCAAAAUGUACACAUUACCAUCUCUCUAAAGAUAAUUUAUUAGGAUUAAGUGGUUUUGGUGCUUAGGGUCCUAUUAAACUCUAGUUUCUCUUUUCAGUCACUUGAAUAAGUAUACAAUACAUGUUUGUUUACAAGGAACCUGUAUCUGUUAACUUCCAAAUGUAAUACACUUCCUCUCAUACAUGGUAAGACAAGGGCUAACUAAUUGCCUAAACAGAUAAAGGUGACAUUCUCAUACUAACACUAAUUUGAAUACUUUUUUUUUUUUUACUGUUUAAUAUAUAUACUUCUGCUUGUUUUCUUUGAGAGUGUAUGAAAACAAAACAACGCUUGCAAAAGCUGCUUUCUGAAGCUUUUGCAAUCUCUCUGCUUUUUCCGCUUCACAGUCAGUCUGUGUCAGGGAAUUCACCAAUCAGAGGCCUCUCAUUAAGAAGCCUCUGUUCUGGUUCGCAUGAGUGCGCAUGCGUUUCCAAUUUAACAGUGUUGUAGUACAAUUCCUUUAGUAUUCAUUUUAAAUAACAGAAACUAAUGCUAUAACAAAAACAUUACCCACAAUACGUUGCGAGCAUCAACAUAACUCCCCUAUGAUGAACAUCAUUUAUAGAGAAGUUAAAAACCAGAAUACAUUGUGGAUGUGGAACUGGCACAGACAAAUCACUGAGGCCUCAACAAAUUGAAAGUAAGAAACAUUGUCCAUAUUGGCAAUUGAUUUUAUUAUUGGAUUAUUCACUAAAGAGAGAAUUGUCAGGAAUUCAUAGCAAGUUUAAAAUGUUAGACAAAAAUUCCUGAACUGGAAACAUACCCGACUAGGGGAAACUUUCCAAUUUCGCUAUUUUGAACUUAAAUCUGAAAUUCACUUUUAGUAAGUAACAUUGAUAGUACGCAAAUUAUAUGCUUAAUCUUGUCUUUUACCAGAUUGAUGUGAAUUCCAUUAAAUCCACAGCAACAUGUGGUGGACCUGGGACCCAUUCCUCAAGGAGGUAUUUCGCUUUUCUCUGUGUUCUCGAGGGAUCACACUUGCAAUGCAGGUGAGUGCUGUAAUUUUUCUGUAGAUUCAUGUAUCUUGUAUAUGAAUUAUACAUUUUUAUUUGAAAGCAUGUACAGCAACCUGAUGGAUGAGUGGUUGAGUGAUUGCAUUUGUGAAAACAUACUGAAACUACUCUGCAAAGUGCAAAUGCAAACUGCAAUUACUUUACAGUGAUGCACUCAAUAGAAGCUGACAACUGAACUACAAAUCAUUUAAGCCCUCACUAUCUAACAAUGUAAAAGAUGCAAUGUCUAUGUGAUUUGCUAUAUCCAAUUGACUGUAUCUCAUUUAUUUGUGCAGUUUUAAAGAGUUUAUAUAAUACAUUACAAAAGUAACACUGGUUUCAAGUCCAGGGUUUAAGAAAAUAAGCCUAAAAGGUUACUCCAACCACCAUGUCCACUUCUGCUUUUUUCUGGGCUGCCUAUUGUCAAUUCUCUUUUUUUUUCAUCUGUUGACUGAGCCAUUUAAAAGGUUCAAUCAAAGGCUUAUCUAGGAGAAUAUUAAACAGGUGAUUCUACUCAAGGUUAGUUCAUCAGCGUCCAGCCAGCACUAGAAGUGGCAUAGGACAUGACCUUUAACUAAUAUGGAUUUGUGUGUGUGUAGAAAAGUUAGCCUUUUAUCUAGGGGGCCAGAAAGUCUAGUGAGAGUUAAGUAUUAGAUACACAAGAGAGUUAAAGGACCACUCUAGGCAACCAGACCACUUCAGCUUAAUGAAGUGGUCUGGGUGCCAGGUCCUUCUAGGGUUAACCCAUUUUUUUUAUAAACAUAGCAGUUUCAGAGAAACUGCUAUGUUUAUGAAUGGGUUAAGCCUUCCCCCUAAUCCUCUAGUGGCUGUCUCAUUGACAGCCACUAGAAGCGCUUGCGUGCUUCUCACUGUGAUUUUCACAGUGAGAGCACGCCAGCGUCCAUAGGAAAGCAUUGUAAAUGCUUUCCUAUGCGACCGGCUGAAUGCGCGCGCAGCUCUUGCCGCGCGUGCGCAUUCAGCCCAGGAGGAGGAACGGAGGAGGAGAGCUCUCCGCCCAGCGCUGGAAAAAGGUAAGUUUUUACCCCUUUCCCCUUUCCAGAGCCGGGCGGGAGUGGGUCCAUGAGGGUGGGGGCACCCUCAGGGCACUAUAGUGCCAGGAAAACGAGUAUGUUUUCCUGGCACUAUAGUGGUCCUUUAAGUAUUAGAUAGUGAGAGUUAAGUAUUAGAUACACAAGAAACAAACGUUUGCAUACCCUGGCAGGAAUUGUGAAAUUUUGGCAUUGGUUUUGAAAAUAUGACUGGUUAUGCAUAUUUUAUUAAAGGAUAGUAAUCAUAUGAAGCCAUUUAUAGUUGUUUGGCUCCAUUUUAAAUCAUAACGAUAACAGAAAUCAACCAAGUGGUCCUGAUCAAAAGUUUACAUACCCUUGAAUGUUUGGCCUUAUUACAAACACACAAGGUGACACACACAGGUUAAAAUAGAAAUUAAAGUUUAAUUUCCCACACCUGUGGCUUUUUGAAUUGCAAUUUGUGUAUAAAUAGUCAAUGAGUUUAGCUCUCACGUGGAUGCACUGAGUAGGCUAGAUACUGGGCCAUGGGGAGCAGAAAAAGAACUGUCAAAAAACCUGCGUAACAAGGUAAUUGGACUUUUAUAAAGAUUGAAAAGGAUAUAAAAAGAUAAAAAAUGCCAGUCAAUACUGUUCAAACACUUAAAGGGACACGACAGGCACUGUCAAAAAACCUGCGUAACAAGGUAAUUGGACUUUUAUAAAGAUUGAAAAGGAUAUAAAAAGAUAAAAAAUGCCAGUCAAUACUGUUCAAACACUUAAAGGGACACGACAGGCACCCAGACCACUUCUGCCCAUUGGAGUGGUCUGGGUGCCAACUCCCACCACCCUUAUCCCUGCAAGUGUAAUUAUUGCAGUUUUUAUAAAUCAGACAGCCACUAGAGGGACGUCUGUGUUCUUAGAACAUGAAAGUGUUUUAAAACAAUGCUGAACGUCCUCACACUAUGUGAGGACCUCCAGUGUCCCCGAAAUCCCCAUAGGAAAGCAUUAUAAUGAAUAUUGCUUUCCUAUGGGGAGGUCUAAUGGGCGUGCGCGGCCAUUGCUGCGCAUGCGCACGAGGUCUCGCCCGCCUGCUGACGUCGGGGGAGGAGAGUAGGUGGGGCCUGACCUAACGCAGAGGACUCAGGUAAGUCACUAAAGGGGUUUAACCCCUUCAGCAACAUGGGAUGGGGGGUGGGAGGGAGAAGGGCAUUUUAAGAAGUGGAAAAUUCAAGGGUCAGGUAGAUCAAGAAAGAUUUCAGCCUCAACUGCCAGAAGAAUUGUUUGGGAUACAAAGAAAAACCCACGGGUAACCUCAGGAGAAAUACAAGAGGCUCUGGGAAAAGACAUGUGUUGAUGUUUCAAAGAGCAAAAUACGAUACUUGAACAAAAAUGAGCUGCAUGGUCAAGUUGUCAGAAAGAAGCCUUUACUGUGCCAAUGCAAAAAAAAAAUCCAGUUACAAUAUGCCAAACAACAUCUUGACACACCUCACAGCUUCUGGUUAUUUUGAGUGCCAAGAUCAAAAUAGAGCUUUAUGGUCAACAGGUCCUAUAGUGAAAAGAAUACUAUCCCCACUGUGAAGCAUAGUGGUGGCUCACUGAUGUUUUGGUGGGUGGGAGCUCUAAAGGCAUGGGGAAUCUUGUGAAAAUUGAUGGCAAGAUGAAUGCAGCAUGUUAUCAGAAAAUACUGGCAGACAAUUUGAAUUCUUCUGCACGAAGGCUGCACAUGGGAUGCUCUUGGUCUUUAUAGCAAGACAAUGACCCCAAGGACAAGGCCAAGUUGACAUUCCAGUGUUUACAGCAGAAAAAGGUAAAGGUUCUGCAGUGGCCAUCACAGUCUCCUGACCUUAAUAUCUUCGAGCCACUCUGGGGAAAUCUUAAACGUGUGGUUCAUGCAAGAUGACCAAAGACUUUGCAUGACCUGGAGGCAGCUAUACCACCUGCAAGAAUUAGGAGCCACAUAGCGUGCAGUCUUUUGUAAUAGCUGUCUGUCAUUGAUGCUAAAGGGGGCAAUACACAGUAUUAAGAACUAUGGGUAUGCAGACUUUUGACCAGGGGUCAUUUAAUUUUUUUAUUUGUUUUGUUUUUUGAUUGUGCCAUCCUGUUAUAUCCUACAGUUAAAUAUGAAUCCCAUAAUAAAUAAAAGAAAGGUGUUUUGCCUGCUUACUCGUGUUUUCUUUAAAAAUGGUACAUAUAUUAUCAAUUAUCCAAGGGUAUGCAAACUUUCGAGCUCAACAGUAUUUACAUAGUUCCCAUUGUAGCCAAAUCCAAUCCCCCUUAAUAACAGAGCCCAUUAAGUCUCUAGUAACAACAACAAAAAAAGAAUGUGUAAAUAAGUGUAUCUCCUUAUUCAAAAGCUUUAUUAAUUAAUUAUGCUAUAUGAAGAUCAUUGGUCACCAAAGUCUAGUUUGUUGCACUAUAAGGCAGUAAAGAAUGAGGUAAUAUAUAAAUAUGUUCUACUAUUCCUCCAUUAAUGGUAGUUGGACCCCCACAGAACUGUAGUACACAUUUCUAUUCCUAAUCAUAGAUUAGUAAGUAACUGAGAAAUAACUAAUAGAAUGAAAUUAUAAAAAAUAAACAGCUGUGCUUUAGUUUUUUUGUUAGGUACAUCAAAUAUCCUAUUGAAAAUCUGAGACUAAACUUAGAGGGACUUAUGUUCUGAAAAAUCCCUUCACCGUCUCAGUAGGGUUAGUCUGAGUUGGAGAAACCGAAAAUAGAAGGAGCCGGGGCGGAAGGUAUACUAGAUACUGCGGUCACCAGGGGUUAAGGCCUGGGACCUACUCUACCAUACAAUAUUGGUUAUUUAAAGAAUACAUAGGUUGUAUUCAACUGAAACCAAAUUAACUCUUGUUCUAAUUAUCUCUCCACAGUCUGGCCAAGGGUAUCCUAUAGUCUGGGAACAAAGUGUAAGAAAGGAGGGGAAAGAAAUUAAAAAGUUCCUUGGUCACAAGGGAAUGAAGCCUGGCUCCUAUUUAACCCCAAAGUACAAAUUCUCUAGGGGUGGAACCCAAUCUGUCACUUGCAAUUACUACUUAUUAAUAUGGGGGCGAGGGGGGAGAAACUUUCUGUUUAAUAAUACACUAUUAUAGUGCUACAAAAGUGCAAUAAUAUGAAAAGGGGAAGAAAGAAACAUUCAUUAUGCAAUCACAUUUAUAUCGGUUAGCCCUUUAAAUGUGUAUAGGCCCAUAAGUAGAUAGAUCAAAUAAAUUCUCAAAUUAUAAUAACCAGUUGACUUGUUCACAAGCAAAUGUAUUAUCUUACUUGAAGAGGGUUAUGUAUAUCUUAAUAUGACAAAUCAUCUAAAAUAUUUUGGACCUUACUUCUAUUUCCAAUAAGAAUGAGUAAUUGGCUUGAAAUACAGGAAUAAUGUAAAAUAAGUUUGCUGAUAUUAGGGAUAGAAAAAAUACUGAAGAGUAUCAUAUAUUCAGGGAACAACAUGUAAGGAUGGAGGGGGUAGGGAUUGAAAGUACCUAGGUCACAAGGGAAUGAAACCUGGGACCAACUUAACAGCAAGGUACUAAUUCCAUAGGAGAGGAACAGUCUAUCACUUACAAUUUCCAAUUAGAAUAAGUGAUUGGAUUGAAAUAUAGGAAUAAUGAAAAUUGGUAAGUAUGCUGCUGAUAUUAGGGUUAGAAAUAAUACUGCAAUUCACACCUUACUCAAAACAUGUGGAAUGAGACUGAUGCCUCCGCAUAGAAAUGUAAAGAUUUUUCUAAAUGGAGGUUCUCAAUUAUCUCAAUGGUGUCCAAGGUAGCUGUGUUGUUAUUUUUAAAACUUCUUUGAUAAAUGUUCAAAGAUAAAAUUCAUCCCCAAAAGUUUAAAAAUGUGUAAAGAGGAAUACUUAAUCAAAUCGGUGGAAUACAAAAAACAGAUUUGAACUCCUAUGGAUAUAAGUAAGUAUCUAAUUUUUUCAUUUUUAGUUUACACCUUUUAUUCCCACAUUCUUUUUGUGUAUCUAAUAUUCAACUCUCACUAGACGCUCUGGCACUGUAGAUCUAUGGCUAGAAUUUUCAACUCACAAAUUCUGUGAGAAGCCUGUGAGUGGAGCACAGUGUUGCUCCUGUGAUGCCAGGAGAGGGUGUGCAGAAGAGUGCCAUGAGUUUUGCCUGGUGCUGAAUAAAAGUAAAUAAAACGUCUUUUAAAACAUGAUACAGAUACGUAAGAGAUAAAUCAAAGUUUUUAAAGUGAGCAUAUAAAAAAUGUAAAAUUGCUUCCUAUUUACUAUACUUUUUUUUUAUUAUUAUUUUUUUAAUAAAGCUUUUUUGCUUAUGGGUAUCUUCUUCCCUCAUAGCAAAAAGGACAGAAAACAGAACUGUGAAAUUACUAUACACAAUACUGCUCACUCCCUUUCAUGCAGCAACUGUCUCCACAACCAUGGAUAGAAGAAGUGAGAGAGUAUAAUGCUGCUAUGGCUUUAAUAAGGCAAAGAAAAUGUAUUUUAAGUAUAGAAACAAUCUUCUAUUUUAGUGAUCAAGUCUGAUUAAUGGGCAAGCUAUACAAGUAAUGCGAAACAUAAGAUAAUUUCAGAUAUUGGCUAAAAUGUGCAAUAAAGAUGGCUGAGCUGCACGUAUGCCACAUGUCAAUGUUUAAGUGUAAAAUUCUUAAAAAAAUAAUAAUACAGUUGUUUAUUUGAUCAUGUGGCACUUAUACUAUAUCUGCCCAGACAACGGAGUGACUUAUCUUGGAUAAUAACAUUCCAAGAUCCUCCUAUAAUAUCUAGAUCCUCCUAUAAUAACCUAAUAACCCCAAAAAGGGUUAGCUUGGAAGCCACUCAAUUGCCAUAUUUUCCCUUUGUGUUCUCCCACAAUUUCUAAGCAAGGACAACAGGAUAAGAAGCCCUCAGAUUUACACUUAUCAUUUAAAAAAAAGUUUAUUAUAAUAUUGAAAUAGUUUUUCUUUUUGAGGAGCCAUGUUGGCUCUUACGGUUAUCUGACCAGUUGCUGUUCAAAAUAACUUGCCUACUACUGCAUUUUCACACAGAGCAAUCACUGCACCAGGCAGAAAAUUCCUUGUGUUUGUUUAGAAUUAUUCAGAUUUUUGUGGCAAUAAUUCCAGAUCCCAAUAUGUGAAUUGUACAAAUAUGGUGUUACUCAGCAAUAAUUAAUGCAAAAACUGAAAAUAUACAAACAGUAAUAUGUAAAUUGUCAUGUUUCUAUCUCUUCACCAGAUAGUCUUCAACACUCUAAUUCCAGACCAUAAAGCUGAUGCCUUCUCCCCUCCACAUACCUCUCCAGAUAGUACGGGGGAUCACCUAACAGAAUUUCUUCUAGGGGGGCUUGGAAGAUGGGAUGCUGAACAUUUCCUCUUCAUAGCAGAACAUGGAUAUGUAUAUGAACACAAUAUGGCAUUCUUUCCAUUGCUCCCUCUCUGUCUGACUGGUUUGGCCAAUGGACCACUUUAUCCUUUGAAAUGGAUGCUCACCUUACGCAGUAGACUUCUGGUAUCUGCUGCUCUACUAAACUGUUUCUGUUUCACAUUAGCAGCUAUUUCAUUAUACCUUCUGGGCUGUGUAGCUCUGCAGUCUCGCAGUUCUGCUUUUUUGGCAUCCCUACUUUUCUGCAUGAGCCCAGCUUCAAUUUUUAUGACUGCUGCCUACUCAGAGAGCUUGUUUGCACUUGCCACUUUUAUAGGAUUGUGGCUACUGGAAAAGCACAUGAUCUUACGUGGUUGUAUUUUUCUAUCCCUUGCCACAGCCUCUCGUUCCAAUGGUAUGACCAAUGUGGGGUUUUUGCUGCAUGCAGUGGUCCAAUCAUUGGUGAAUGGCUCACGAAAUUGCCAUAGAAUGGGAAGGACCUUUCUGGGGACUUUUGUGGUAAUUCUUCCAUUUGCACUUUUCCAGUAUUUUAGUUAUUCUAGAUUCUGCCUGGCCUCUGCAACAAAAAAUAAAGUUCCUAGAGAACUAGUUAAAUUAGCAAUAACUAAGGAGUACCGUCUUCCAGGUGCACAAUUUCCCACCUGGUGCUCAACCUACCUUCCGAUGGCCUAUUCCUCUAUACAAAGUGAGUACUGGGGAGUUGGCUUCCUCCACUACUUUCAGCUGCGCCAGCUUCCAAAUUUUCUUCUGGCGUUACCAGUGAUAUUAUUGAGCACUAGAGCGAUAUGGGAGUAUUUUCAGGCCAAUCCAUACCUAUGCAUAAGUUUGGGACUGAGGACAGUACAGCUGAAGUCAUCCAGUGGAUAUUGUGGACAUCGAGUUUUCCUUUAUGUGGCACACAUUACAGCACUUGUGGUUUUUGGAGUCCUCUGUAUGCAUAUACAGGUAAAGAAAACUUGUAUAAUGUAUAGAGAAAAUAGUAAAAUAAAUGUGCAUUGAAGAGAAUGCAAGCCAAAAUGUGGGUGGUGUAGGUGUCUUUAGAUAGUGCUUAUUAUUGUGUUCAGUUUUUAAGAAAAACGCACACCCUGAAAAGGUCCUAAAUUUUGUUUCUGCUUUCCACAGGUCCUCACACGACUGCUUUUGUCAUCUUCUCCAGUACUCUUUUGGUACUGCUCUCACCAGCUCCAGAAAAAUGAGCCCUGGAUAUGGGGUCUUGAAAGAGGUUGUGUAUCAUCUAACCCUGCCGUUCGUCUUCUCCGUUCAUGGAAGUCACUGCAACCCCAAACACGUGUACUGCUAGGCUAUUUCUUGGUAUACUGGAUUCUUGGGACAGCCCUGCAUGUCAACUUUCUACCUUGGACAUAGCCAAGAGGGAGUAUCUUGUAUUUACUACUCCAUUUUGACUGUGGCGCAAAACAUCAAUAAUGCAUUUUGGCAAUUUUUUUCGUCAUGACUGAUUUGUCUAUCUGGUGCAUGAAAGACCUAUAUUGAAUUUUAUUUGUAUCACCUUUCAUUGUAUCACUGUACCAUGCAAGAAAGUGGUGUAUUAUUUGCUUUUGUGAUUCAAAUAUACACCAAUGCCAUUCAAGCAAAUGUGUUGGUAGACAGGACUACAUCAAAAAUACAAUAGUGUUUGUAUGCGCACUGUAAUCAUGAUGUACGUAGAAAGCUACAGUGUUACAAAAUUUUCAUUCAUUAUUCACCCAUUUAGAGCCAGAGUUGACUUAACAAUUGUGCCCAUUUAGGGACAUGUUCUCUUUUCCUCUACAAUACUAACUUUUUUUUUUAAAGAAAAUAAGAAUCCACUUUUAUACAUGCCUAGAUUGAAUGAUAUCCUCUUUGACGUUGCAUUUUGUGGUUUGCAGUAAGGUGUAACUUUUUUUUGUCAUUCAUUCAUUUUAUUUUUUUCCCCAGUGUUAGACAAACAAGGUUUUGAUGACAUAACCACAAGAGUAUAUGACACAGGAAGUUGUAAAUAUAAAACAUGACAUGUCAAUAUUGUUGCACGUUUUAGGAAACAAAACUAGAAGAUGAACACCAUUUCUGCAGUUAUAAGGCAAAAUAUUGAAUUUAUAGUCUGAGCUAUGUACUGGUAGAGCAAACACGGAAAACUGGAGCUAGCUAGAUAAUGGUAACUAGAAUAACCAGUGCUCUCUAAAACCGUAGUGGUUCUAGACCAGUGAUGGUUAACCUUGACACCAUAAAUUAUUUCUGGACUACAUUUCCCAUGAUGCUCAGCUGGCUUCUAGACCUCUGUUUUGGAGGGAAGAUCGAGCUCACAUUUAAAAAUUGUGGAUUUCCAUCAGCUGACUGAAGAGGCUCAAGGUUUGAGUGAAAUGCAUUUUGCCAAUUUUAAGGACCGUUUGAAGCAAGUGCAAUAUUAAUUUUAUUUUCGCUAUAUAUAUAUAUAUAUAUAUAUAUAUAUAUAUAUAUUAUCAUUGUUUUAAAUUGGAUUAAUAAAUUACACAUAGCCCUUUUCUGUGGUCCUGUGGAGUUCCAGGAACCUCAUUAAUGGGUAAAGUGCCACCCCUCAAAUGGGCUCCAAGCUUAUUUACCUCAGAGCCAGGAUUUUAUGGCUCUAAACCGUGUGCUCAACUACUUGAUUAUAUGGUUGAAAGUUUUAAUUAUUUUUAAAAUACACUAUUGGGUUUUCCAUUAUUACCUGUGCUUUAAGUGGUGGUACAUCUACUCCAGGAGAGGGUUAUUUUUGUUGUUGGUAUUUUUAUAGUGCCAACUAAUUCCGCAGUGCUUUGUGUUGCUACCCUGAAAGCACAGAUGCGCUAAUUAAGGAGCCAAUAAACUUGGACUCCAGUCCGUGUGAGUGAAUCAGCUUCAAGGUUUUCAUAGCCUUGACCUCAGAAAAUACAGAUUUUAUUAAAGACAGGAGGCGAGUAUUAUGCAUUAACUUUCUUUACUUAACUCCAGCCACAGAAACAUUUCUCAAAAAAGUUUAGUAAAUAAAAGACAAAAAAAAGUAGCCAAUCAGCAUCCAGCAUAGUCUAUAUCGUGAAUGAUCCCCAAUAUUCUUCCUCUUUCAAGCUGCGAAUCUAGAAGUAGUAUCUAGUAGAGUGAACUCAAAGGAUAAGGACGACGAAAUUCCAAACAGGAUUAAGCUGAAACAUAAAGAACAGGGUGGGUUAAUGGGAGGGAUAAUAUUCGAC